CUAAUGACGUCGCUGUGGUUGCAGUGUAGCUAAUGUGAAUGCAGACGGAGCAGCUGAGGAUGGAGCAGAGGGCGAGAAACGCCGCCGCCGCUGUUUCACGUCGCGGUCACACACAGCUCUGAAACAUCUCUCUCUACAGUAAAGGACCGCCGCUUUAUAAUCCACACCCAGACUGCGACUUCUUCUUUCCUCUCUCUCUCUAUCUUUUCUGUUCAUUUCGCCGCUGGACAUCUGCGCUCCAGUCCACCUCACUUCUAUCUGCCUGUCAACACAACGCCGGCUUCGACUGUCUUGUCAGUGGAAGGAAAGGAAAGAAAAAUCACUCAGCAAAAUAAAUCUUCCGCGAGGACACACCUUCUCCCGGACUGCCCUGUCACUGCCACAACAAAUAUGGAUGAAGACAAUCACGUUCCUGAGGAUCUGUCCCUGGAGGAGAGGGAUGAACUGACAAACAUCCGACGCAGGAAGAGAGAGCUGCUUGAUGAUAUUGAGAGGUUGAAGUUUGAGAUAGCAGAGGUCAUGACGGAGAUCGAGCAGCUGACGUGCGUUGGAGAAAGUAAAACAUCCCAGAGAAACAAACAGAUCGCCAUGGGUAGGAAGAAAUUCAACAUGGAUCCAAAGAAGGGUAUCCAGUUCCUGCUGGAAAACGACCUUCUUCAGCACACUCCCGAAGACAUUGCCCAGUUCCUCUACAAGGGCGAGGGUCUCAACAAGACUGUCAUCGGAGACUACUUAGGCGAGCGGGAUGAUUUCAACAUUAAGGUGCUGCAGGCUUUUGUGGAGCUGCAUGAGUUUGCAGACCUCAACCUCGUCCAAGCGCUACGGCAGUUCUUGUGGAGUUUCCGUUUGCCAGGUGAAGCCCAGAAGAUCGACCGGAUGAUGGAGGCGUUUGCCUCACGGUACUGCCAGUGCAACCCUGGAGUCUUCCAGUCAACAGAUACCUGCUACGUGCUGUCGUUUGCUAUCAUCAUGCUGAACACCAGCCUACAUAACCCAAACGUCAGAGACAAGCCCCCUGUGGAGCGCUUUAUCUCCAUGAACAGAGGCAUUAAUGAAGGAGGAGAUCUGCCAGAGGAGCUUCUCAGGAAUCUUUACGACAGCAUCAAAAACGAGCCCUUCAAAAUCCCAGAGGAUGAUGGGAAUGAUCUGACACACACAUUCUUCAACCCCGACAGAGAAGGCUGGCUCCUAAAGCUUGGCGGCCGGGUGAAGACGUGGAAGAGAAGGUGGUUCAUUCUGACCGACAACUGCCUCUACUACUUUGAAUACACAACAGAUAAAGAGCCUCGUGGGAUUAUUCCUCUGGAGAACCUCAGUAUCAGGGAGGUGGACGAGCCCAGGAAACCUAACUGCUUUGAGCUCUACAACCCCAACCACAAAGGUCAGGUGAUCAAGGCCUGCAAGACCGAGGCGGACGGGCGGGUCGUCGAGGGCAACCAUGUCGUGUACAGGAUAUCGGCCCCCACGCCAGAGGAGAAGGAGGAGUGGAUCAAAUCCAUCAAAGCGAGCAUCAGCAGGGAUCCUUUCUACGACAUGCUGGCCACCAGGAAGCGGAGGAUAGCAAAUAAGAAAUGAUGACCGCCCACGUUCAACCGCAUCUGCAUCACCACUGUUUCUGUGACCAGCAGCAGAGUCCUUGUAUGUGUGUGUGCGUGUGUGUGUUACAGGGGUCAUGAAGAGCUCCUAUUUGCUAUUUCAGGGGAGGAGGACAAGUGGCAGAUGUAGGUCGGAGUUUGUGAGACUGAAAUGGAUCAAGUUUGUCUGCACCUCAGCUCUGAGCUGAUGUCAACGUGCACACUUUGAACACUAAUGUGAAAUGGAGAAGGAGGAACUGGAGAAGUCUUUACCAAGCUGGAUGUGAAUGGACACCAGGAUGAGGACUACAGUUUACUUGAGGAACAGCCAUGACUGGAAUCAUAUUGCCCUCUGCUGGACACACAAGGAAUUAAAUCUACAGCACUAGAAAUGCAUAGUGAGGAUCUGAAACCUGAAUCGCCCUGAUCAAAUGGCAUUCCUUUCAUCCAGGCCCGGCUCGCCUGGUCGGUUAUCUGCUCUCUGCCGGCAAGACUCCCAGAUACCAGUCGACAUUUUAUUAUCUUCACCUCACAUGUCCUCCGACGGCUGCCAACACCAACAAUCUUUUAUAGUAUCCUCUUGCUCUAGGAAGUCUCAAGCUUUUAAAAUCAGCUGGUCUGAUUGUUAGCCCUCAAGUGACUGUAUCUGUAUAUGCAAACACACUGAUUUAAUCAAGAAAGUGAAACCUCGGCUCAUAUUCUUUUUGCAUUUACAAAAUCACCCCUGUGUUUUCUCUUCGAAAACAAAGAAGCAGAAGAGUUUGGGGAGUAAUAUCAAACAUAUAUUAGUGGAACGACCCUUUAAAGAGGCCAGUUUUAAAAAGCUACAGUGAGUCAUACAGUAUAUUAGUUCUGUACUGUUAUGGAUUGAAGAUCCACCUCUGUAAUCAAGUUCAUUUCUUUUGUAUUUAUUUUCUUAUUGUUUAACAAAAGAGGCAGCCCCCCCGACUUACAUUAUGCAUGUAUAGUAUAUAAUGUACAUACUGUUUUUUUUUUUUUUUUGUUCUUUGUUGUGGUUAUGUAGCAUGUAAAUCACAAUGGCCAUAGCCUAUACCCGUUCACCUUUUUAGUUCAACAGCUAACAGUUUACAAUAGUGGAAGAGGGACCUUGUGCAGAGCAGUGAAACCUCCUCACACUGUGUUAUUACUGAGAAUCAGAUAAUACAUGAUGAUGUGAUAUGAAAGAAAAACUCACUAUGCUGAGAUAGCAUCCGACAUAUGCGGGUUCAAAACACCCUUGAAAAGGUGAACUCCAAUCAUGUGAACACUGACUGGAAUCUGAGGACUGUUGUCCCCUCCCUCCCUCCCCCCGAUCAAACCAACCCACAGCCAAAACUUUCCUUACUAGGUUUAAACAUGGUUUGAUCUCAGUUUGGAAAAAUUGCUCCUGAAUACUUUGAUGAAUAAAAAUAACAUCUUGAUCAGAGAA